AUGACAAACGAACUUGCUAUUACUUUAGAUAAUUCGAAUGAAAAGACAUUCUCUGACCCAGAAGUCCUUUCUAUCUCAAGCAAUGGUCAAUCCAUUUCGGAUACCGUAAAGGGCGAAUUAUCUGAAGACAACCUUCCACCUGUCGAAGACGAAGAAGACGGUGGUUUUGGUUGGUUUGUAGUACUCGGUGCUUUUCUUGUGCAGGUCACUAGCUUUGGUACCUCGACAAGCGUCAUGCAAGAUUAUUAUGAACAGAACGUCUUUGUCAAUGUCCCUAAUGCCGCAGUUAAUCUGAGUUUUGUCGGUACACUUGCUUUAGUUUGUUUAAACGCAGUCAGUCCUAUUGUUCAGAUCUGUGUUUCCACUUUUGGGGCCAAACCUGUUUUAAUUACAGGUACGAUUUUCGUUGGUCUUGGUCUCGAAAUGGCCGGUUUUAGCACCCAAAUCUGGCACUUGUACUUGACUCAAGGUAUCAUCUAUGGUAUUGGUGCAUCCUGUAUUUACGUUGCUAUCAUGGGUGUUGCUCCUCAAUGGUUCUCAAGACGCCGUGGACUUGCACUCGGUCUGAUUGCCAGUGGAUCUGGUAUCGGAGGUCUUGUCAUACCCUUCAUUAUGACAUCCAUCAAUGCUUCGCUCGGCCCCGGUUGGACUUAUCGUAUACUUGGCUUUGUCUGUCUCUUUUGUGAUAUUCUUGCAUGCAUUUUUGUGCGGGAAAAAAACCCUGCUGCGGUUCGACACAGAAAGAAACUGUCUCAAAUUAUCAAUUUCUCCAUUUUAAAGGAUGUCAAUUUUGUUCUGUUCUCGGUCGCUUCGGAUAUUGGUUUAUUUGGGUAUUUUAUCCCAUACUUUUUUUUACCUUCUUAUGCUACCCAUCUUGGUUUAACGGCGUCGCAAGGAUCCGCGUUGGUAGCUGUCAGUUCAGCAUGUAACUUUGUAGGCCGUAUCAUCACUGGUUUUUUAGCAGACCGUAUUGGCAAGAUCAAUACCAACCUGCUGUUUACAUUUAUUACCUCGCUUAGUUGUCUCUUGAUCUGGACUUUUGCCUUUAAUUAUGGAAGUUUAAUGGGAUUCUCUGUCGUCUUUGGUCUAACGAGUGGCUCGUUCUUUGCUUUGAUUUCUCCUAUCACUGCCUCUCUCUUGGGAAUGGAAAGCUUUCCUUCGGGAUUAUCCCUCUUAUUGUUUUCCAACGUUUUGUCUGUGUUUGGACCAAAUAUGGCUAGUGCUAUUGAAGCUGGUGUUAGUUCUGCCCCAUAUUUUAGUUACAAGAUGUUUGCUGGUGUUGCUUACUUACUUGCUGCUAUCUUUCUUACCAUCCUCAAACUGAGAUUAGAUCGUAAUUUUUUUGCAAAGGUUUAG